UUAUUGUUAAAAUUCACUGUACCAUGACCAACUCCAAAUAUGACAAGCCCUUAAUUGUUAAGUACUUUUGAUGUGCUACGGCUAGCCUUUGAUGUCGUGUCACUUUUAGUCUUACUUUCAUCACCACCAUGGCAACACCUAUGGGUCCUGAAUCGCAACAGGCUCUAUGCCCGCAGUGCCAGCAAAAUAUUCAAACCGUAAUCGAGCCAAGGGCAACAACAAAAACCCAUAUUUUAGCUUUAGUUUUGUGUGUAUUUGGGUGUUGUCCUUGCGCUGCUUGCCUGUAUUGUACCAAAUGUGCUCGCAAUGCUGAACACUAUUGCCCAACUUGCAAUUCUUUUCUGGGAGUCUAUGAACGCUGAUGAUGGAGAGAGGAUUUCGAUUUGUGCGUAAAUAUUUCAGUUUUUUUUAUUUGAACUCUCAAAUAAGAAUAAAACUUCAUGUUUGCGAUUAAAAGUUACACUGCAAAUGAAUAAUUUCACUAAAAUUUGCCAUACAAAAAUGUCAAAACAUAUAUUUAAUAUUUCAUCGAAUGCUUGUGGC